AUGGCCCCCAAGCGCCGUGCAUCCCCUCCGAAGCAGCUGGAUGGUAGAGGCAAGAAAGCAAAGGAGGGAGAGGAGGAGGAUGCCUGGAGCUCCGCCUUGGCAGCCCUGAAAACUGCUCCCAAGGAGAAGCCCCCAGCCACCAUCGAUGGGCUGUGCCCCCUGAGCACGGCACUGGGUGCCCAAGUCUACAAGGACUACGACUGCACUCUGAAUCAGACCAACAUCAGUGCCAACAACAAGUUCUACAUCAUCCAGCUCCUUGAGCACAGUGGUGCCUACAGUGUCUGGAGCCGCUGGGGCCGUGUGGGCGAGGUGAGCCAGUCCAAGCUCAUGCCCUGUGCCUCCCUGGAGGCUGCCAAGAAGGAUUUUGAGAAGAAGUUUCGGGAGAAGACCAAGAACAGCUGGGGCAGGGAGAACUUUGUUGCCCAGCCAGGGAAAUACACACUCAUCGAGGUGCAGCCAGGAGCCAGGCAGGAGGUGGAGGCUGCCCUCAGGGUGGAUAGCGUGGAUGGGGAGAAGGUCUGCAAGCAGUGGGUGCUACCCUGCACCUUGGACAAAGCCACGCAGGACCUGGUGACCCUCAUCUUCAGCAGUGGCAUGUUCCGGGAUGCCAUGCAGACCAUGAACAUUGAUGUGAAGAAGAUGCCUCUGGGGAAGCUGAGCAAGCAGCAGAUUGCCAGGGGCUUCGAGGCGCUGGAGGAGCUGGAGGCAGCACUGGGGGAGCAGCCUCCCUAGGCCGCCCGCCUGGAUCACCUCUCCUCCCGCUUCUACACCAUCGUCCCCCAUAACUUUGUGUGGGCUUGGCCGCCUCCCAUCGACUCCCCUGAUCUGCUGCGUGCCAAGAAGGACAUGCUGCUGGUGCUGGCUGACAUCAAGGUGGCUCAGAGCCUGCAGGCACAGAAGGUGAAGGAGGAGGAGGAGGAGGAGGAGGAGGAGGAGAAGGAGGAGGAGGAGGAGGAGGAGGAGAAGGAAGUGGCCCAUCCACUGGAUCGGGAUUACACCCUACUCUGCUGCCAGCUCUGUCUGCUGGACCCUGCUUCCCGGGAAUACCAGCUGAUCCAAAACUACGUGGCACAGACUGGGCACAGCCUCCACAUCCUCAACAUCUGGCAGGUGGCCAGAGAUGGCGAGGAUGAGUGCUUCAAGGCCCAUGAGCACCUAGAGCACCGGCGCCUGCUCUGGCACGGCACCAAUGUGGCGGUGGUGGCAGCCAUCCUGAAGAGCAGGCUGUGCAUCAUACCCCACUCCGGCGGGCGUGUGGGCACGGGCAUCUACUUUGCCUCUGAGAACAGCAAGUCAGCCUGCUACGUGGGCUGCAUGUCCCAGAAGGUUGGCAUCAUGUUCCUGACAGAGGUGGCCCUGGGCAAGCCCUACCGCAUUACCCGUGAUGACCCCACAUUGUGUCAGCCGCUCGCUGGCUAUGACAGCGUCCUGGCCUGUGGCCAGACAGAGCCAGACCCUGCACAGGAUGAGGAGCUGCUGCUGGAUGGCAAGAAGGUGCUGGUGUGCCAGGGCAAGCCCAUCCCCAUGCCCGCUUACAAGGACUCCUCCUUCAGCCAGAGUGAGUACCUCAUCUACCAGGAGAGCCAGUGCCAGAUCCGCUUUCUUGUGCAGCUCUGCUUCUGA